AUGGCUGAGGUCGGGACGCUUCUGGGAACACUGGACUUGGAUUUACAAAGUUUCCCUGCGCUCGGAAGUAUUCCAUUGGUGGAGUCUCCGCUCGGGCUGAAUGAGCGCCUGGGACAGAUCGAAGGGAGGCUACAGCGAGGGUCGCCCACAGACUUCGGACACCUCAAAGGGAUCCUCCGGCGACGACAGCUUUACUGCAGGACUGGCUUUCAACUGGAGAUCUGUUCCGACGGGACCGUGCAUGGGACCAGGCAGGACCACAGCAGGUUUGGUAUACUGGAGUUCAUCAGUUUGGCCGUGGGCCUGGUCAGCAUCCGAGGGGUGGACGCUGGACUGUACCUCGGCAUGAACGAGAAAGGAGAGCUCUAUGGGUCGAAGAAGCUGACAGCAGAAUGUGUGUUCAGGGAGCAGUUUGAAGAGAACUGGUACAACACCUACGCUUCAACCCUCUACAAACACACUGACACGGGACGAUUCUACUACGUUGCCCUAAAUAAAGAUGGCUCACCCAGAGAAGGCAGUCGGACUAAAAAACACCAGAAACUGACUCACUUCCUACCCCGGCCUGUGGAGAUUGAUAGGAUACCCCAGGCUUACAGGGACUCCUUCCAGUACAGGUGA